GCAAUACAUGGGUGUGUCCAACGCCUUGUGCGGCUUGAUCUUGGCUCUGCGGACCAUCGGCGAUGGCUUGGGAAACACCGUGGGCGGCACGCUGGGGGAUUUAGCACACCUACAACGGCCCAACACGGGGAGGAUCUAUGUGGCCAUGUGGUCGGUUCUGGCUUCGAUCCCCUUUUCCUACAUCAUUUUCGUGGGUGCCAGAGCAAGUGCCAAUUCGCAAGUCUUCUUCGCUGGCAUCCUGUUUCUGACGGGCUUGAUCAGCAGUUGGGAGGUGUCUGGCUGCUUGAACCCAGUGCUGAUCGACAUUGUGCCGCGCCGGCAGUUGGCUUCGGCCUUUGCCUGGAACGU